AUGGGCAGACCUGAAGCAACCGACCUCCCCGCGCCCAGUACUGCGCCGACCUCGCGGCGUCCCACCUGGCGCACCGUCGCGCGCAUCGCGGCACUGGCCUAUGUCGCCGGCAACCUGGCGCCUCUGGCGUGGGAGUAUGCCGAAGGCCUAUUCGCCCCGUCUACUGCUACGGGGGGCAAGCCGAUCUCCCUCGCGGACGCAGAAGAGAUAUACCUGAAGGUGCCGUCGAAUGAGAGUCUCUACAAGCUCUCGCACAAGUACACGGCGCACGCGCACCCGGCCGGCAGUGGGUGGGACUUUGUGACGGCGCUCCAAGUCAAGAACGACUGGGAGCGCGCGCUGGGCCUGCCCGAGACUGGGCCCACGGAGAAGAUCUACGAGGCCGGCAGCGCCGCGUCGCAGCACGCGCUGCGUAAGGGCAGCGAGCUCGACGUGUGGAUCGACACGUACUACCCGGUCAUGAACACGCCCGUGUCCUCCUCGGUCGCGCUGCUGACUGAGCCCGUGUACCGCCCCAGUCUGCGCGAGGCCGUGCUCGAGAAAGACCCCUACAGCGUGCUCGCGGACGAGGUGCGUUCCUUCCACGGCCUGUCCGUGGAUGGCCACGUCAGCGCCGAAUACAUCUAUGCCGGGUACGGGCGCAAGGUCGACUUUGACCUGUUGCAGGCCAAGGGGCUGGAUUUCAAGGGCAAAGUCGUGCUGGUCAAGUAUGGGGGUGUGUUCCGCGGCCUGAAAGUGAAAGCGGCACAGGAGGCCGGUGCCGCCGCCGUCAUCAUCUUCACGGAUCCCGGAGACGACGGCGACAUCCAGGAAACAAAGGGGUACAAGGCGUACCCCGACGGUCCGGCGCGCGUGCCCUCGAGUGUGCAGCGCGGCAGUGUCCAGUUCUAUCCCGGCGACCCGACGACGCCGGGCGUGCCAGCGUACAAGAAUGCGACGCGCGAAGCGGGCGGCAACUUCCCCUCGAUCCCGAGUCUGCCCAUGUCGUACGAGGACGUGAUCCCGAUCCUGCAAGCGCUGAACGGGAAGGGCCUGCAGCCCUCGGAUCUCGACGCGUCCUUCGACGGCGGCCUCCGCCACCGCGGCGUAGAGUACUACACGGGUCCCUCGGACGUGCACCUGCACGUCGUGAACCGGGUCAACACGCGCGUCAUGCCCGUCUGGAACGUCAUGGCGCGCAUUCCGGGCAGUUCGCCCGAAACCAUCGUGAUGGGCAACCACCGCGAUGCGUGGGUGCUUGGCGCGAGCGAUCCGAAUGCGGGCAGCGCGUCGCAGACCGAACUCGCUCGGGGCCUCGGCGUGCUGCUCAAGAAGGGGUGGAAGCCGCAGCGCACCGUCAUGCUUGCAUCGUGGGACGCGGAGGAGUAUGGCCUCAUCGGCAGUACCGAGUUUGCAGAGGACUUUGAGGACUGGAUCCAGGCCCGUGUCGCCGCGUACCUCAACCUAGACAGCAGUGUGAGCGGACAGCACUUCCAUGCCGGCGCGAGCCCCAGCUUGGCGCACCUCGUAAAGGGCGCCGCGGAGCGGGUGCAGCGCGGCAACUCUUCUGUUUGGGACACGCGUCUCCCCGACACCGAGAGCGAGCUCUCGGCCCUCGGCAGGGGCAACGCCGACCUCACGGCCACCUCUGUCUCGGCGCUGGGCCAGACCCAGCCCCGCACCGAGGCUGAGGGCGGCACGGGUGUCCGCCCCCUCGGCAGCGGGAGCGACUACACGGCCUUCCUGCAGCGGUGCGGCGUGGCCAGUACCGACUUCGGGUACGGCUCCAGCCUCCAGUCGCCCGUGUACCACUACCACAGCGUGUACGACAAUCUCCACUGGAUGAAGAUGUAUGGCGACCCGUCCUUCCAGAAACACAAGGAGGCUGCGCAGAUCUUGGGCCUCUUAGUGCUCAGGCUCAGUGAGCAGACCAUCCUCCCGCUCAACACGACGCAGUACUGUCACGACCUGCAUGGAUACUAUGCGCAAGUGGAGAAACUCAGGGACGACUCGGGUCUCAAGGUCCGCCUCAACAAUCUCAAGGGCGCCAUUACGCGUCUCUCCGAGGCGAGCGAGAAUCUCGAUCGCACGAGGGUUGAUCUUGAGAAACUCCUGAAGAAGGGACGUAAGGACGCAAAAGUCAUGAAGCAGGUCGCCCUCGUUAAUGCCAAACUGCGCAAAUUCGAGUCCGGGUUCCUCCACAAGAACGGCAUCCCCGAUCGCGAGUGGUACAAGCAUCUCGUUGUCGCCCCGGGCAAGUGGCUCGGAUACGGCGCCACCACCUUCCCUGCCCUCACUGAGGCUAUCAUCUUUGACAAGGACAAGAACAAGGGCCAGUUCCAGGCUGAUGUCCUCGCUGGUCUUCUUGACGGCCUUGCGAUCGAGCUGGAGAGGCAGUGA